AUGGGCACCGACUCGCGCGUCGCGCGCGUGUCGUUCCUCGUCGACCUCGGCGCCGGGUCCCCCGCGGAUCGCGCGAGCGUCCGCCUCCUCGUGUCGCGGACGCUCGCGCACCUCGCGCGGCAGCCGAGGGGCGAUCCCCCGCGAUGGAGCGCGCGCUUUUACGACUCCGCGAGAUCGCCGCUCGAGUUCGACGCGCGCCUCCGAGCGGCGACGGACGCGGCGUCGCGGCGACUGCGCGCGCGCGAGGACGACGAGCUCGGAGACUCGCGUCUGCGGUCGUGGGUGGACCAGACGUUGACGGGCGGGUCCGACGGCGCGCGCGGACGCGGCGGAAGAAGCGGAGCGCGCGACGUCGUCGGAGGAGGCGCGGCGCCCUUCGCGAUCGGAGGCGGUCCCGUCGCGACGAGCGACUUUCGCGCGUGUUCGCGCGACGCCGUGGACGCGUUCGUUCGCGCGUACGACGAGGCCGUCGCGACGUAUCACGCCGACGUAUCAGCGGACAAGGAGAACGCGGGGGCGGCCGCGCGCGACGACGUCGCGUGGUUCACGACGCUCGCGAGGCAGAUGGCCGCGACGCUUCAGGACGCCGCGGAGAGCGCCGGCGGCGGUCUGAACGAACGCGACGUGGCGUCCUCGCUCGUGUUCGUGCUCGCGAGGGUGGACGACGACGACGACGACGGAAACGGCGGCGGCGGCGAUGACGGCGCGGCGGGCGGUGGGAUCGAGGGUGUGCUCGGGUCGUUCAAGGGCAUCGAGGACGCGCUCAGGAAGGGCAACGCGCGCGCGCACAUCUUACGUCUGCGCGGCGGCGGCGCGUCGUCGUCGUCGUCGUCGUCGUCGUCGUCGCGGUGGACGAGAGCGACCGAGCUGUUCUCUCGGUUCGGCGGGUGCGCUCUCCCCGCGGGUCUCUUCGCGCGCGCGGGCGCGUACCUCCCUCUGUGCGCGUCGCUGCUGCUCGACGCGACGUCGUCAUCCGCCGUUUCCGUCGCGAACGACGAGCCGACGAAGACGAAGACGGCGACGGCGACGUUGUUCGUCCGGUGGUCACCGACGGCCGCGGCGCGGCGCGGCGACCGCGACCGCGACCGCGACCGCGACCGCGGCGGCGAGUCGCUCCUCCGUCUCGGCGACGCGACGCUCGUCUCGGAGCACCCGGAGGAGGCGUCGUCUCGCCCGGCGUCCGCGUCGUCCGCGUCGGCUUCCACGACGAUGACGAUCGCGGCGCUCGUGUCCGACGACCAGCUCGCGGCGGCGCACGCGUCGCGCGUCGGCGGCGGCGUCGGCGGCGGCGGCGAGCAGCUCGUCGUCGCCGCGUCCGCGGGCGCGGGCGCGGAGGCGCUGUGCGUCCUCCUCGCGCUCAGACGCGCGUGCGCGAUCGUCCGCGUGGACGAGGAGGAGCCGCCGGUCGUCGCGGAGACGACGACGACGACGACGACGACGACGACGAAUGGAGGAGAGGACGACGACGACGACGACGACGAAGACCACUUCGUGGACGCGCUCGGGACGCAAGGGACGAGAGACACGACGGAGUCGCGGCGGCUCGAGACGCCCGCCGCGUCGCGGUGCGCCUCGUACCUCGCGGUGCUUCAGCCGAUGACCCCGCGCGCGAUGCUUCUCACGCCGUUGACGCGCGCGACUCGAUCGAGGGGCGAGCGCGGCGACGGCGUGGUCGCGCCGACGACGCCGCCGGAGACGUCGGCGCGCGCGGCUGGAGACGACGACGACGACGACGACGACGACGACGACGACGACUGCUCGAAAUCGCGGGGGGCGGUCGCGCGGCUUCUUCGCGCGGUCGCCGCGCGCGGCGACGCGCACGAUUUCGGCGCACUCGAGCCUAUCGUCCCGGUCGACGCGGACGACGACCGCGCGGGCGGAGGCGGCGGCGCGUCGAGCCCGAGCGCGAGCACGGGGGUGAAACAAGCGCGCGGCGGCGGCGGCGGCGGCGGCGCGGCGGCGGCGGCGGCGGCGGCGGCGGCGGCUUUACGAUCGUCCCUCCUCGCCGCGUCGUCCUCCGCGCCGCGCGGCGCGCACAGAUGGGAACCCUGGUUCGGCGACGGUCCGGGCGUGAGCGGGUCGCUGCGCGAGGAUCUGCUCAGCGCGUGCAGGGGCGUCUCCGCGGCCGCGGAGGGCGCGUUGCGAUUACCCGCGCCCCCCGUCGCUCGCGGCGCCGACGCGCGCGACGCGGCGGGCGAACGCGACGAAGACCUCGCCGCGCGGUUCGACGCGAUGGCGUCGGGGAAUCCCGCGCCGCCGCGACGCGAGAGGGCGACGGCGAAGAGAGGAUCCGGAUCCGGAUCCGGCGCGAACGACGACCGCGCCCUCGACGGCGACGCGCGCGGCGGCGGCGACGACGGCGAGCGCGGCGCGUUUGAGAACGUGCGCAUCGCGGAGGAGGCGACGACGGCGGCGAAGCGAGCGUACGCGUCGAUCGUGAAAACGCUUCAGACGAACCCCGACGCCGCGGACCCGCCGAUGCGCCACCUCGCGCGCGCGCUCGCGACGAAGACCUCGAUGACAUUCCGCGCCGUCCGCGGGAGGACGGGGCGCGACGGCUUCCGCGCGGGCGUGGGCGACGCCGAGGACGCUUUGCUUCUCGCCGCGAAGGACCUCGCGCGGCAUCACGGCAUCGGCGGGUGCAAGGCGUUUAAACGACGCGAGCACGCGCUGCAGGCGCACUUGUGGUUGAGCUGCGUCGCGCUCAGGCGCUCGCCGCCGCCGAGCGCGCGCUGCGGCGGCGGCGGCGGCGGCGGCGACGGCGGCGACGAGCCAGAGCCGGAGCCUGAGAAGAAGUCGAGGGCGUCGAGGACGGCGAAGGAGGUGAAAAAAUUGAUCAACGCGAUAUCGUCGCUGUUGCGACCGACGGGCACGGCGGGCAUACAAGCGCUCGUGGAAGCGCUCGCCAUGGACUACGAGCACGUGAUCCCACUGACGAUCAAGAAGGUCAGGGGCGAGCUCCUCGGCGUGAGCGUCAAGGGCGACGGCGGCGCGCUCGGGGAGAACGGCGUUUUAGACCGCGGCGGCGGCGGCGAGGUGUUCUCGCCGACGAGCAAGGGGGCGUUCGCGCGGCCGCCGCCGACGGCGAUCGCGGUCGCCGCCGCCGCCGCGCUCGGCGGCGGCGGCGCGCGCGCGCAGUACGACGACGACGACGCGGGGUCGACGCGCGACGGCGCGGAGAGGACGAAGCCGCGGGGACCGAACGGCGGCGGCGGCGGCGGCGGCGCGGCGAAGGCGACGAAGAAGCCGGCGCCGCCGCCCAGGUGGCACCCCACGUUUCGCUCCGCGAGCGUGCGUCCGAGGAAAGAGGUGACGAUGCCAUCGCGCACCGAGAUGCGCCCGCCGAGACCGCGCGGCGGCGCGCUCGACUCCGCGGCACACGGCGGCGGCGCGGGAAACGCGCUCGCGCUCGUCCCGCGGUCCUCCGACGCGACGACGCGCGACGGCGGCUCCAGGGACGGCAACCGGCUGAUGCCGCGUCCGACGCGUCUCGAGGCGCUCUUCGGCGGCCGCGGGAUGAACACCCCAGCGGCAGCGACGGGAGGGAUGAACACCCCGCGGCGGCACGUGUCCACGCCGAUGAUGACCCCGGCGCGCCCGGGGAUGAUGACCCCGGGCGCGCGCGCGAUGGCGAGCGCGAUGGCGACGCCGGCGCCGUCGUCGCAAAAAGGAGGCGGGAGCCGCGGCGCCGCGAUGCACGAGGCCGCGAUGAAUCGCAUCGCGGCGACGCCGAUCGUCGCAUCGCGGCGUCCGGUCGAGGUGAUUCAGGAGACGCCCGCGGGCGGGGGGACGGGACCGGUUGAUUUCGUGCGCGAUUCCUUCGGCGCGGCGACCUACGGAGGGGCCGCGACGUUGCUCGCCCUCGCGACAAAAUGCGUCGCCCUCGGCCCGCCGCCGUGGAGGAACAGGAGCGCGAACAUGUACAGGUGUAACACCAGCAAGUACGCGGCGACGAACGCUCGCGCUUCAACCCUUUUUCCCGCGAUGGAGAGCGCGUUUAAGACGGCGGCGUCGACCGCGCCCCACGCGUUCGCGACGUCCUUGGCGAUCCUCUUGUCCGGUCCGAACGCCGCGGCCGCGACCGUGUACGCGAGCUGCUUCGGCGCCGCGCCGUCGUGGUCGCGCGUCCGCGCCCUCGACGUCUCGUCGUCGUCGUCGUCGUCGCUCCAGUCGUCGUCGCCGCCGCCGCCGCCGCCGCCGCCGCCGCCGCCGCCGCCGUCUCCCCCUGCUUCUUCGUCGACGAGGUACCCGUUCGCGUUCGCGCCCGUCUUCCUCGCGCCGCCGCGCCUGCGCCUGAGCUCCUCGAUCGCGCGCGUCGUCGUCUCCAACCGAAGCGCGAGCGUCGCCUUCUCGCUCGCGAGCGCUUCGUGCGCGCGUUGCUCGUCCAACAGCGCGGCAGUCAGCGCCUCCGCUCUCGCCUCGGAAAUCGCGCUCGCCGCGUCCGCGUCCGCGUCCGCGGACGACGCCCUCGCGCUUUUGAUCGCGGCGCGCGCGCGAUCGUUCUCCUCGCGCAGGCGCCGGAGCGUCUCGCGCAGCGCGUCCGUCCGCUCCGCGUCCCUCGCGCGCGGCGACGACGCGGCGUCGGCGCGCGCGGCGGCUCUCGCGGCGGCUUUUUUUCUCGCGGCGUCGCUCCUCGCCUUCGCCGCGUCCGCCCUCCGCCGCAACGCCUCCGCGCGGCGCUCCCCCGCCUCGACCGCGUCCGACGCGUCGUCGCGCCUCUGCGCCGCCGCCGCGAGCGCGCGCUGCUCCGCGGCGAGCUUUUUCGCGCGCUCGCCGCCCUCGCCGGCGACGCGCGCGACGCGCGCGUCCGCGUCGUCUCUCGCGCGCGCGAGUCGCGCCUUUUCCUCCUCCAACGUCCUUCGCAGCGACGUCGUCGCGUCGUCGGACGCCGCCUUCGCCGCCUUCGCCGCGGCCGCGCGGUCGCGGCGUUCGGUCGCGGACGUCGCCGCGCGAAUUCGCGCGGCGACGACGUCGUCGCGUCGCGCGCGGAGGAGCGUCGCCGCGCGCGACGUCAACGCGGCGCGGCGCGCGCGUUUCUUCGCCGCCGUCGUCUCGUCGUCAUCGCGCUCGCGAGGCGGCGACGGUUCGCGUUCCACCCGGGACGGGUCGCGCGACCGCACCCGAUCCCGCUCCCGCGGCGAAUCGCGCGUCUUCUCCUGGAUCUCCUUCGCCGUCUCCGGCUCGGGCGCGCGUCGCGGCGGCGGCGCGGGGAAAUCGCUGAACGCGGGUUCGAUCGCCCUCGCCGCGCGUCUCUCGCGGAGUUCCUCCAGCGCGGUCUUCUGA